UCAAAAUAAAACAAUUUUUAUAACUAUAUCUAAUCUACAUAAUUUAUUGUGAAAAAAUCAAAAAUCGAAAACUUUGUAUACUAGCUCGAAUUUUCUCUUCCUCUUGUAUGUGAUUCCUUCAAAUAUAUCGACCAAAUAAAUAUACCCCUACCUUCGUCCCUUUCAUUUUUAUUGGAUGUCAUCUUGGUAACAUUGCACAGUGAUCAUCAUCAAUCCGGCAAAUAAAAACAGUUGCUUCGUUAAAUAUCGGUAAAAAAAGAAGACGAUGGAUAGAAUUAAUUCUUGUGGUACGAAUUUAUCGAUGAUGGAUAAACAGUCUGAAAAACCACCACCGUUUAAAUUAUGCUUUUCCAAAGAUAGAUUACUUGGCAAAUCAAACAUACGUGUAUCGAAAAUCAAUGGUGAUUUGAUCACGCCAAAAUAUUAUUCGAAGUACGAGAAUACGCCAGAGAAUUUUAAUGCGAUUGAUACGCAUGAAAAAAAUACGGAACAGAAGGAAAAUAAUUGUGAUUAUAGAAAAGGACCAGCCAUACUUACUAAUACGGGUGGUGGUAUGAACGGGGAUUACGACCGAUUGAAUCUCGACUCGAUUUUCGUAAAAAAACAACAGACUUAAUAAAUUUUGGAAUAGACACUAAUAAUGCGGAA